CUCAACAAGGCAUAUAGGCUCACGAGUCAGCAUUAUUCACACUUUUAGGUCUACAGUUUGUGUAAUUAGAUUGCUUAGAAUUUCUCUAAGAGUAGGCAUGUACUGAAAGACGUCUUCCUUUUGUUCUAUAGCUUUCUCUUUUAUCAUUAAAUCUACAACAUGUUGUUAAGGUCGGUUCAAUUAGAGCUAAGAGCCUAAUUAGCUAAGCUAUAACUAGCUAAUUUGAUUAGAGUGUUCCUUUGUAGAGUUUUAAAGCUUGCUAGUUCCAUCAUUCUAACUUCUACCCUAAGCUAAACAUUCUAACGCAGUUUUGUUCCAAAGAACUAAGAUUUCAUCAAUUAACUACAUAUCAAAAAACACAUACAAGCCAAACAAAAGCAGGAUACAUGUAAUAUUUUUCUGAAACGCUGCCGUAUUAGGUUUUAACAGUGUGGCAAUCCUGUGCUUCGAUCUCAUGAUUUAGCAAAUACAAAAGGUCCAUUGGACUUCGUGAAAGAUGUCCAUUUCCUUAAAACCAAACAAAGGGUGAAGAUCUCUGAAUAUUAUAUGGAUUAUCCUAUUGUAGCAAACUGAUGUCUAAUGAUUAUUAUAUGGAUAUCUUGUUUUGGUUUUUCUAGAUGUUUGAAUAUUAUAUGAACAAAAAAAACGGAUCAUGCAAUAACUGAUGUCUAAUGAUAUUUGGCAACAAAGGGUGAAGAUCUGGAAACCCCCUAUUAACCUUUCUGUAUAUACAAACACAGACAAAACCAGGCGGAAAUCACGGAGUCAUCAUCUCUUUAAACCCAAAGAAAAGAACCGAGGCAGAAACGUUUUGUGGGUAAACACUGUUCGGACAUAUAUGGUGUUCAGUGGCGGGACUGUUAUGUCGUUAGCCCAUUUGUCGGCUGAGAUGUGGCAGAGAUUACGGCGGAUCCCACCGUCCGAACGCAUUGGCAGCAGCGAGAUGCUUAACCUCGUCUGCUGCUUCCCGCUCCAGGAGCUGGGUCGAUUAGCUCUAUGGCUUUUGACUUUUCUUUCUCUUCCUCCUCCAGAUUUUCUAUAUCCUGAAGCUGACGAAGAAGACUAUCGUGAUCGUGAUCGUGAUCGUGCGUUUGCUUAUGGAUCAUAUUCAGCUGCCAUCGCUUCAUAUUAGUACCACUUUCAUUUGCAUUUUGAGUGUUCAGAUAUCAAACCCAGAUCAUGUUGGUGAGGUAGGUUAAGUAAUCUUCUUUGUGUUGAUAUUAGGUUUUAAAAAAAGGUUGAAGAACAUUAUUAGUUAGUAAAUCUUCAUUUUCCUUUGUUCUUUUAAGUCUCAGUCUUUCUUGUUCUGUGAGCUUGCUUUGUUUGUUUCUUGGAUUCCAAGAAAAGAAGCUUGUUUAUACUACUUGCAAGUGUGAAUUCAGUUCUUACUUCUUCAAUCCUUUAUUUUCUUUGGGCCAUUAGCAUUACUGGUCUCUAUAAGAGUUUACUAGAGCAUUGUAUAUACUUAUCACUACAAAGUGUUAAACACGUUUAUAGAUUUACAAAGAACAAGUCAUAAAUAAUUUACUUUUAUUAUUUGUACUGUUGUAUAAUAAACUGAAAACCUUCGUUUAUAAAUUAAGAGCACAUGGUGCCAUCAAUCAGAUGCCCAAUUAUUUGCCUAUAAAGAAACAGCAAAACAGCUCAUUGGUGUACUCAUAUUCUAUUAUUUUCAUGACUGUCACAGGAAAAAAGACAAGUUUUAUAUUUCUUUUACGCUUUGUUAAAGAAAACGGCCGCAACGUGAACUGUAUUUAUUGGAAAAAACACCUUUAUGAACUGUGUAAUCUUUUCACCAAUGAAAUAAAUAAAUGAACUGUAUAAUCUUUGACCCAGCCCAGCAUAGAGUAUUAAUUCUUUAAAUAACAAACAGUAGAUAACAACUAAAUCUGCUGCACUGUUCUUUCUAGCCGUUUAUUUUCAAGUAUCUUAGUUGAUGAGCUCAGCUAAACAACAUUUUUUUUUGCCAGUUUUUAAUUUGGUUUAGAACGCCAAAUUUUUUUAUUAUUUGAUCAGGACAUAUAUUUCAAAUUGAUAUGAUCCAGAUAUAUAUAGUCUAAUGCUUUACCAAUUCAUCAACAGAUGCAUUUUCUAUAAUUAUGUGGCUGUAGUUAAAAUUUAUACUAGCUAUAACUUACAGAGAUCAAGUGAAACAUUGUGACUUGAAAAAAAUUAAGUUUUUUUUUGUGAAACAAUAAAAAGAGUUAAAACAAUUCAGUGCAAAAUUGAUUGUUUGGGUUGCUGUUAAUUAAACUGUAAAGUGACACAUGCACAGUUGGCCUAACACACAUCCUGACAUCCAUGUGUAUAUAUAACCUACAAAUGACAACACAUAACGACACACAAAACAUAUAAACUCUUCUCUUUGUUAGCUUUCUCAAGAAUCAUCAAUGGAGGCAAUGAAGAUGAAACUCUUUGUGGCUGUUUUAGUGGUCGGGAUGGCCUUCUCUGCCAUGCAACAGGCUGCCGCCGUGGAGGCUCCGGCUCCGAGCCCUACUUCCGAUGCUUCUUUGUCUGUCCCCACUUUUGUCGCUACCGUAGCCACUUUGGCAUUUGGGUUUCUCUUCUAAUCAAAUUUGUUUUUGACU